UUGUCCUCCCAGCAACACAGGCAGUGUCUUGUACCUCCAGGGACAGCCAGGCAUAAUAUAGGAUUCCAGGGAGGUCCACGAUCCAAGUCUUUACUGGUCUGCUGGUUUCUACCGCGCAAGUCAGACUUAAGAGGUCUGCCUCCAGUCUUGGAGCAGUGUUGAGAGCUGUCUUUCUGUGAAGGGAUCCCUCAAGGGGAAGAUGGAGAAAAGUUCUGCAGGAUGACCAGGCAUUCUCUGGUUACUUCUGGGGUCACAGCGUCUCUCAACAAAUAGUCUGGACUCAGAAUCCGGAGAGCCAUUGGAAUGGAUGCUGAGGGACUGUUUCUGCCAUGUGUUGGAAGUCCAGACAGUCUGAGGAGAUGAGGCCUUAUCCCUCCUAUCUGCUGUGUACAGCCCUGGACCUGACCAUUUACUUGUCCAACAGAGCAUACCUUCUGUGGGAGGAAAAGAGGCCAGGGACCCUGUGAGCAGCCACAGAGAUUCUCCUAGACUCAAGCUGUGAACAGAAGAGGCCCAGACCAUCCCUAGAAGGGGGUACAGAGAGCACAAUAACCCACACUCAAGACCCCUGUGGCUGUGCAACAACUGUAGUGGGGUAGUCAAGGCCUGGCCAGGGAUGCCGUCACCAUGGUUAUAAUCCUCACUUCAAAUGCUGUGCUGGGUCACAGUUCUGGAACGGCAAGUGUUUGACUUCCUGGGUUACCAGUGGGCACCCAUCCUGGCCAACUUCGCCCACAUCGUCGUGGUCAUCUUGGGGCUCUUCGGCACCAUUCAAUACCGGCCACGCUACAUUGUGGUGUAUGUGGUAUGGGCAGCUGUCUGGGUUACCUGGAAUAUCUUCAUUAUCUGCUUCUACCUGGAAGUGGGGGGCCUCUCAAAGGACAGUGAACUUUUGACCUUCAGUCUCUCCCGGCAUCGUUCCUGGUGGGAAGAGUAUGGGCCAGACUGUCUUCACGAGAAGGCGGCCACAGCUGGCCUGGGUGCACUGCACGGACAGUCCGUGGUGGUGGGUCCUGGCUGUGGCAUGGUGCACAGCUAUGUGGAAGCCCUGCACAGUGGCCUGCAGAUCCUGCUAGCGCUCCUGGGUUUCGUCUAUGGCUGCUACGUGGUCAGCGUGCUUACAGAAGAAGACGACAGCUUUGAUUUCAUUGGUGGAUUUGACCCAUUCCCCCUGUACCAUGUCAAUGAGAAGCCGUCCGGCCUCUUGUCCAAGCAGGCAUAUUUGCCUGCAUAAGUGAGGGAAUGGUCGACCCCGCUCCUGCAACCCAGCCUCAGCCGCGGAAACAAUGAGGAGACCCCACCCGGGCCUGGAGUUGCAGCUCUGCUUCCCUGCCUGCCUAGCAUUUUUUUCAAGUUCACCUUGGAUACGAGUAAGGGGCGGGGGACACUGCAGGCCAGGGUGGCUACUGUGAGUUUGUAAUUUCCCUUUUUUUUUUCUAAGAAAAAAAAUAAGAAAAAGAAAAGGCACAAGAGACUGCAGAAACAGA